UCUUUCAUUCUUCAUUUCGUUUUUAACGUCAAAUGAAUCUAAAAAUCGUUGUAAUUUACUAAAUAGAUUUACGUAAUUGAAAUGUUCAAUUAAAACUAAUUAUGUUAGCUUAUUUAAUGUUAUAAUUAAAAGGCAUGUAAUUAUCAUGCAAGUGUGUAAAUAAAAUAAUUGAAAAAUGUAAUUGAUAGGUUAUGAUCUGAACGUUGAUUUAAUCCAAAUAUUUUUUUAAUAUUAAAGUGAAAUAGAAAUUACAUUACUAAUAUGGAUUGCGUGAAGCGAGAGGACCCAAAUGUCAUUGAUGAAGAGAACUACAAAGUCUAUGUUGAAACACUCCAGCUAAAGUCUCAACAAAUCGAAAUGAACGACUACCAGCACACUCCGAUAUCGAUGGAACAGCUCCACCAAGCCAUGCAGAGCUCGUUGAACGCUGGAUCGAUCAUGCACAACUUCCAACUGCCGUUGUCUCCACGACAGAUGUCCACACUCAUGCUUAAAACCAACCAUUUGAGCAGAAACCUCAAUUUUAAUGAUAUCCCUGCACAUUUGCAACGUAACUUAGAAUUAGAUCUUGUUCACAACUUGACUAAUGAGCUACCGCAAAAUUUAAGACAUGAUGACGUCAUGUUGGGCAGAAACAUAGACUUAAACCUGGCUAGAAGUCUAAGCAAUGAGUUGGAAUUACAGAAUAGUUUGACGCAAACUCUUGUACAGAAUUUAAACGAUAAUUUAACUGAUAUAAACCUACCGCAGAAUCUAAGAACUGAUAUUCCACACGAUUUGAACCAUCAAAUCGAUUUGUCGCAUCAUUUAAAUCGCAAUUUAGAGCAUGAAUUGCUUCAAAGUCAAGAAAGAAGAACGCCUAUGCACUCACUACCAGACAAUAUGUUAGAACAAAGCUUAGCCCAGCGAUUGGACCCAAACAUUCCUCAGAGAUUGGACCAAACGUUGGGCCAGAGGUUGGAUCAAAGGAUGGUGACGCAGAACAUGAGUGUGCAUGAGAACCAAAGGUUGGAAAAUGAACAUUUGCUGCCGAUGCCUUUCCAUAUAAAGUCGGAGCAGGACGAUGAUGGAUACUUCUACGAGAAUAUUAACCAAGCCCAAACCCUGCCUGGCGUUAACACAAUGAAUGGUCACAUCCCAGACCACAGUCAGAACCAAAACGUGAAUCCAGAAUCGCUCUAUGUCUACUCAAACCACGUUACCUUACCAGCCAUCAGCAAUAUGGACUUGUACCCCCGACCACAAAGUCAGACUCAGUAUUACGCUGCCACCAGAGACAACCCUCAGAACUUGGUGAUGCACAGACAAUUCGAGAACAACAGCCCGUACGAAGAUCCGAAAAAAGAUGGCGGCGUUGAACCUGUCAAAAUUGACGCAUCCAAACCGGAAGAACCUAAAGAAAAUUUGAAACCGGCUGAUCAAAACAAAAUUUAUUAUCAAGAAUAUCCGUACGAAGUCAAAAAUGAAGCGGAGAAAGUAAAUGAUUUGAAUAUAAUCCCAUUUGUGAAAGGGAAGUAUGCGUGUUCUAACUGUAACGAUAUAUUAACAUCGAAAAGACUGCUUAAGCAGCACUCCAAAACUUGUACGGAGUCACAAAUGGAUGAAAACGGUGAGAAGCAAGGCAAGUUUGUGUGUUCCCAGUGUUCUUACAGGUGCCAAGCGCCUGCUACCUUAAAAAUACAUGAAAGAAUACACACUGGAGACAAACCGUACGCUUGCAACUUCUGCAGUUACAAGUCUGGUCAGAAAAACAACGUAGCAAAGCACAUUUUAGUCCAUAUGAAGCAAAAACCGUUUAGAUGUCAGUACUGCGACUAUAGGUGCGCUCAAAAAAACAACCUAGUCGUCCACGAGAGAACGCACACAGGGUAUAAGCCCUUCGCUUGUCCGUACUGCGACUACCGGACAGUCCAGAAACCGAACUUAGUGAAACAUAUGUAUUUACAUACAGAUCAGAAGCCGUUCAGUUGUGAUAUCUGUAACUACAGGUGCGUUCAGAAGACCAAUUUAACUAAGCACAAGCAGAGGCAUCUAAACGAAAAGGAAGGGGAGAAGCUAGACGUGAAAAACCAAGUGAAACCGUACAGGCCUCGGCAGAAAUCUGUAAAGUGUCCGCAUUGUGUGUAUCGGUGUGUGCAGAAGGCAAGCUUGGAGAAGCAUAUCAUGUUCAAACACAGUGAGUUCGCUGAUCAAGGUUUGAACUUGAUGAAGAGUGGAGAAUGUGAGGAACCAGUGCAAAAUUUAAGCGUGAAGAAAGAUGUAGUGUUUGAAAAUGUCUGUCCAGACUCCUUGCAAGUGCAGUCAUAGUGGUAAGUGUAACGUUUUAAGUUCUUGUAAAUAAGUUUUUCAUCGCUUUUUUUAAGGAUUGUAAAGGUGAGGCCUUUUGAAGAUUUGUACAUGUUCAU